AUGCUUCAAUCGCGCCUGCAGGCACUGCCCCGCCGCAAUCCCACCACACCAGCUGCCCCGGCACCCGAUCUCAAAGACCUAACUACGGAGUCUGAGCUAGAGGAAUCCCCAGAGGACAUACUCGAGAGCUUUAUAGCCCACCUCUUCCCCGAUGAUGCCCAUGCUUGGCACGGUGACCCAGGCCAGCACCUCCUCUACUCCUCCCCGCACUAUGGCGACCUAGAGAUCGCCGUUCCUUCCUACCCAGAGCAAAGCAACAAACCUUCAGAGAAAGCGACAGAAAAAGAAAAAGAGGAAGAUGGUGCUAAUGAUGUCGAUAAUAGCCGCAAACUAUUUGCGCAUUUCGUAUGGAACUCUGGUUUAGUGGUCGCCGAGGGUGUGGAGAAUGCACAUGUCCUUCAGACCGAGGGUACAGCAGUGACAGAGGCCCAAAAAGAGACUAUUGAUAUCUGGAACGUGAAAGGAGAGAGUGUUUUGGAACUCGGCGCCGGCGCCGCACUUCCCUCACUAAUCUGCGCCCUCGCAAAUGCAUCCAAGGUUACAGCCACCGACCAUCCUUCCUCGCCCGCACUCAAAGGUACAAUUGGCUAUAACAUGGACCAUAAUUUGAGCAAGCGCACGCCAACUCCAUCAGCAGAGGUCUCGAUCCAUCCACACGAAUGGGGUGUGCUGACAGACACCUUCGCCGAACAAAACAAAGGAGGAUAUAGUCGCAUCAUCGCCGCAGACUGUUUCUGGAUGGUGUCCCAGCACGAAAACAUCACCCGCACUAUGCAAUGGUUUUUGGCGCCCGGGGGUAAAGUAUGGAUCGUGGCCGGAUUCCAUACGGGCCGCGCAAUUGUAGCGGGGUUCUUUGAGAUGGCUCUCAAGCAUGGAUUUGAGAUCGAGAAGAUCUUUGAGCGGGAUCAGGUUAAAUCUGGCGAGCAUGGGGAGGAGAUUCGGAGGGAGUGGCUGCCUGUGCGGGAUGAUGAGAGUAUUGAGAGUCGGAGGAGGUGGUGCGUGGUUGCGGUUUUGAAGCGGAAGGAGUAG